UAUUGUACGUCCUUGAGGACGCGAUUGACUGACGGCAGUUGUUUAACACAUGAGACGUGAAGAUCACGCUGGCAAAUUUCUUUGUGUACCGAAUGACAAUUUGAGGAUUAAAACGACUUCAAUAGGGCAAAUGUAGUAUUCAACCGACAAUGAUGACAUACGAAAGCUGCAGCACCUGCUGAGUACAAAUUCGGAGGGCUCUUUUUCAGAUGUCAAGCCACUAACGUUAGCUGGCUAACUUGAGCUAUUUUGAACAUUGUUUUCACGUUUUCACCCAUUGCAAAAAUGUCGCGGUAAUUGACGUUAUAGACGUAUUUGACAAACAUGAGAAACACCAACCGUUUAAGACCUAUUUUUCUUACUUUUGAACAAUGGUUACCUAGAUGGAGCUUGCAACACAGAUUGUGUUGUUCAAAGCCAGUCAGCGUUCAUUCUAACGAGGAGAGCAGGGCAGAUCAAUUCAAGACUCAAAUAGCCACAGGUCCAAGAUUUCAUGACUUUGUCAAGGGAGCUUCUGUCAACAAACAGCAACCUGUUAUCACUGAUGAUUUGAUAGACACUGACAAGCAUGCAUAUCUUCCUGAGGACUCAGAAAUUGGGAACUCUAGGACAGUGUGUUUUGAAACCUAUGGCUGUCAGAUGAACGUCAACGACACAGAAAUUGCCUGGUCAAUAUUGCAGAAGAAGGGAUAUCAACGCACAAGUGAUGUCGCUGAGGCUGAUGUUGUCCUCCUUGUUACAUGCUCCAUAAGAGAAAAAGCAGAACAAACAAUCUGGAACAGACUACAGCAACUCACAGCCAUGAAGAAAAGACGCUUAAAGACCCGCGUACCCAUGAAAAUUGGAGUCUUAGGUUGCAUGGCCGAGAGGCUGAAGUCUGAGCUGCUGGAGAGGGAGAAGCUGUUGGAUGUUCUGGCUGGUCCAGAUGCAUACCGGGACCUUCCUCGCCUCCUGUCUGUGGCCCAUGGUGGUCAGCAGGCUAGCAACGUGCUGCUGUCGCUAGAGGAGACAUAUGCUGAUGUCAUGCCAGUUCACCACUCCCCCCAGGGUUACAGCGCUUUUGUGUCCAUCAUGCGAGGGUGUGAUAACAUGUGCAGCUACUGCAUUGUCCCGUUCACUCGAGGUCGAGAGAGGAGUCGACCAGUGUCCUCUAUCCUUGAGGAAGUCCAUAUCCUGUCGGAGCAGGGCGUGAAGGAGGUGACCCUGUUGGGUCAGAAUGUGAACAGCUACAGGGACACAUCAGAAGAACAGUUCUGUAGUUCAGAGCCAGGCCAGCUGAGCCGGGGCUUUAGGACGGUGUACCGAGCCCGGCCCGGGGGCCUGCGCUUUGCUGACCUGCUGGACAGAGUGUCCCUCAUAGACCCGGGCAUGAGAAUCAGGUUCACCUCCCCUCAUCCCAAGGACUUCCCUGAUGAGGUGUUGCAGCUGAUAAAAGAGAGGGCGAACAUCUGUAAGCAGAUCCACCUCCCGGCUCAGAGUGGCAGCAGCACAGUCCUACAGGCCAUGCGGAGGGGCUAUAGUAGAGAGGCUUACCUGGAGCUUGUGGAUAACAUCAAGAGAAUAAUCCCAGGGGUGAGCCUGAGCAGUGACUUCAUCUCUGGGUUCUGUGGGGAGACAGAAGAGGACCACCUGCAGACCCUGUCUCUGAUCAGGGAGGUGCGCUACAACGUGGGCUUCCUCUUUGCCUACAGUAUGCGGAAGAAAACCCAUGCGUUCCAUCGUCUUCAGGACGACGUGCCAGCGGAGGUGAAGCAGCGGCGGCUCAAGGAGCUCAUCUGCAUGUUCAGGGAAGAGGCCACCAAGGUCAACUCCGCCCUCAUCGGCUGUACACAGCUCGUCCUAGUGGAGGGAGAGAGUAAGAGAUCAGCUCAGGAUCUGUGUGGGAGGAACGAUGGCAACGUGAAGGUGAUUUUCCCUCGGCGGGAAGUGGCUGGUCAGCCCACUGACACACACACUUCCCCCAUCAACCCGGGAGACUAUGUCCUGGUCAAGAUAGAAUCAGCCAAUUCCCAGAGCCUGAGAGGACACGCCCUCAGCCACACCUCUCUGAGUGACUCAGCCACACGUUUACCUGACCACCGCCAUGAUGGACAACUGGCUUCAGUCGCUAGACACGGUGUCUAGUCCUCUGUACCCUGAAAGUGAGUGUGGAGUGGACGUCUUCUGUGGCACCACGACGCAGAUGUAACAUCGACAAAGAUCCAAUCCAGAGACAACUGACUGAAGAAGACUUUUGUCAAAUAAAAUAAAAAAGCUUUAUUGUGA